AUGGCAAAGCGAUUGCCACAAGCUUCCUCUGCGCGCUGCACCCCACGGAAGCUGAGUCCCGGAACUUGGCCACCACCAAUCGAGCAGCACGGCUACAUGUGGCCAACAUGUUCAGCCCCCAGGGGCCCUCGAAUCAUGAAUCCGGCUUCCACGCGUGUGGCGUGGAGCAUUCCCGGUCACCCGGACCGGAUGCCCCAGCCGAGGCAACCUGCGUGGGUGAAGAGUUUGGCUGGAAGGCCUUUGGAGCGACCUUUAACCGACGGAGGGAUCAGGACGCCGCGCAUCAGCCGGCAAAGGAAGCUGCGUCCGCGGUUGAAUGCCAACUCCCUGCUGAUGCAGUCAGACCUCUACAAGACAAGGGCUUCCAGCAGUCCUGGUGGUGGCGGCCCGAGUCGGGCCCACUGCACUGUGCAUGAGCCGCCUGAGAUGCAGCCGGAGGCUACAAGCUGUUCGAGUACCAGGCCGGCGAGCGCGAUGUCUCCUAUGCGCGAGGCUGAUGAGACAGCACAGAUUGCUGCCACUUUGGCAUUACAUGUACAUGAGCUUCACGAACGACAAGCGUCACUUGUCACAUGCAGCGAAGCUCCUGUGGAGGAGGAGAGCAAGCCGCGGCCUUGUGCACUCGCCGAAUCCGCUGCUGCCUACAGAGAACGGCGGCGCCAAGCGGAUGCGGUUGCCGAGUUGGAGCUCCAGGAGCUCAUCAAGAAGACUGCUGUUCGGACCGAGGAGCAGGAAGCAUCUGGCGACAAGGGAGGCGACCCGCCCGUGCUGGAGGGACCCCAAACCAUCGCCGAGGUCUAUGCCCUUUGCAAGCAGCUCUCUGAGGCUUUUCUGCUUCCCAUCAGCGAGGUGAAAGCUUGCUACGAGGACUUCCGCAGUCUCGACAUUGACGGCAACUUCGCACUGUCUGCUGAGGAGUUCGAGCUGGCGGUCAGUGACGAGUCAGUGAUGUGA